AUGGAUGUCAAGAAUUGGUACAGAAGCUUUAGCACAAGAAGCACAAGAAGUAUUCAAUUGGGAAGAAAUUAUCAAGAUGAAGUUGAAGGAGUGAAAGAAACAGUAUUUUCUAAAAGUGGAGGUAGCAAAAGUUCAAUUUGGAAAGUUUUGUGGAAAAAGUUGACAAAGGAGAAAAAAGAAAAGAAGAAGGGAUUAAGGCUUGAGUUUUCUAGGUCUGUGCAUGUACAAAAUCCUCGUUAUAAUGAAUACACUUAUGCACAGAAUUUUGACAAUGGUUUCAACUCAGACGAACCUGAUCAUCUUUUUAAAUCAUUCUCUAUACAGCUUUUGCAAUUUCUGUGUAGAAGGAACUACGAACUGCAAUCACAAUCAAUCAAGGAAUUAGUGAGUUUUGACCUAAUUUCAGCUACUUCUAUGGCAAAUUUACCAAUUUUUAUUCAGUAUGGUGGCCGAUGGAAUGUUGACAACAGCUUUGUAGAUUAUAAUGCAGACGUUGUAAUAGUUACUCCAAAUAUAAGUUUUGAAGAUUUUGUAGACGUGAUUUCGAAACAACUUAAGAUAGAUACUUCAUUGAAUGAUAUUGAAAUCAAAUACACUGUCCAAAACAGUUCUCCGCCAAUAGUGAUACACAAUAGUAUGGGUCUAUGUGUAUAUCUUGAGCUGAAAAAAAGCUCAGAAUUUACAAUGUAUCCCCUUUGUAUAACAUCGAGUGAAAAGGAUAUGGACAUGAUCUGCUACAAUUCCAAUUCUGCUGUGAUUUCCUCAGAAUGUGCACAAAGCUCAGUUGUAGAGGAGAGAUACAAUGGCGAUACAAUUAAGAUGAUCGAGUUUGGGGAUGGAGAAGACUGGAAUGAUACAGAAUCUGAUGAAAAUACAAUAAUAACUGACCCUCAACACACAGAUGUAGAAGAAGGUCAAAUUUAUAAAGACAAGGCAACGAUAAUCAAAGUCAUGAAGCACUUGGCAUUAACGGAAAAAUUUCAGUUUAAGGUGCAUAGAUCAAGUGAAAGCAGGUACUGCCUAGUAUGCAUCAACAACAACUGUGAUUGGUAUUUUAAGUCUUCGAGCCUGAAAAAAGCAAACGUUUUCAAGGUCAGAAAUUUCAGCAAAGUGCACUCAUGCCCCCUGAAAGACAGAUCUUACGCACAACGUCAAGCUACUGCAAAACUCAUCGGCAGUCUUCUGAUAGACAAGUAUAAAGACCCAAAAACAAUAUACACUCCUAAUGACAUAAUUGGAGACAUGAACAAGCAGUAUGGUCUUCAGAUGACAUAUAUGCAAGCAUGGAGAUCGAAAGAAUAUGCAGUUCAAGUACUGAGAGGGAACCCAAGCGAAUCAUAUGAAAAGCUGCCAAGCUACUUUUAUAUGCUAGUUCUUACAAAUCCUAUGUCGGUGGUAAAUUUGAAAAAAACAGAGGAAGACUUGUUCAUGUAUGCUUUC